AUGUUUCGAUACAUCGUUUUCCUUUCUGCAAUUUCAAGCUGUACGAAUGGUGUAACUGUUCAAUUUAAGUUACGCCAAUUGCCAAGAUUUUAUACACCGUUAAAUGAUAAAAUCUAUUUAGCAAGUUCAUAUAAUCGAUGGAGUCCAAAUGACAAACAAUUUGAAUUCAAUUCUUUGACGAAGUCAUUACUUAUUGAUUUUCAAAAUAUUACUAAUCUUGAAUUUAAAAUAACACGAGGAAGUUGGUCUACAGCAGAAACUUGGCAAGAUGGAACAGAUAGAACGAAUAGAAAAUUAACAUUGUCGAAUUUUCUUCAAUCCAUUGAAAUAUCAGUCGAACAAUGGUCUGACACAUCGGGCGGUGUUCAUACAGCUACUAAUCAACUUUAUAUAUUAGAUACAAAUUUUUCGAUGUCUCCGUAUCUUCCUAGUACACGUCGCAUUUGGAUUUAUUUGCCUCGUAGUUAUUCAAUUGAAUCCAAUCGACGCUAUCCAGUUGUUUAUGCUCAUGAUGGUCAAAAUCUAUUUGAUACUAGAACAUCGUUCUCUGGCGAAUGGGGUAUUGAUGAAAGUCUUGAUGCAUUAUCUCAACAAUUAAUUGUUGUUGGUAUUGAUAAUGGUGGCUCAGAACGUAUCAAUGAAUUAACACCUUUUCCAAAUUCAAAUUAUGGUGGCGGUCAAGCUGAUAAAUAUCUAGAUUUUAUUGUUAAAAAUCUUCGACCCUAUAUUAACACUCAUUUUCGUACAAAACCUGAACGUGAAAAUACUGCAAUAUUAGGUAGUUCACUUGGUGGCCUUUGUAGCUUGUAUGCAGCUCUCCGACAUGAGGAUAUAUUUGGAUUAAUUGGAAUUUUCAGUCCAUCUUUAUGGUUUACAAAUGAUAUUUAUACAUAUGCUCAAAACCAUCGUUUUCAAAAUUCACCGCCAAGACUUUAUUUUGUUGGGGGUCAAUUAGAAAGUUCAUCGAUGAUUAGUGAUAUGCAACGUAUGGUAAAUUUAUUAAAAGGUACAACAAAAGAAUAUAAAGAAGAUAAGAAUCAAUUGGCAAUUAUUAUUGCUUCUGAUGGUCAACAUCAAGAAUGGUUUUGGAAACGUGAAUUUCCCAAUUCAAUUAAAUGGUUAUUUCCAUCAUCGUAA